AUGGUUCUGCAAAAGUUUCUUCCUGCUCUGGGUUUCUCCCGAGGCGCGUACACGCGGCUCUGGAACUUCGACGCCGAACACGAACAGGCCGAACAUGAACGGGAAUUGGAGGAGAAACAAGCGACAGUCGGCAACAACGAACCUGCCUCCUGGCGGCACACCGGUGCGAGGCAGUGGGUUAUUUUUCUGGCGCACCUCAUUCUGCCAUCCUUUGUGAACAACAGAUUCUGCGGCAGGUCCCGGGCAAAGAACUCAGCACCUCGUCGGCCGACGGCGUAUUUCGACGGGCUUCGUGGAGUCGCCGCCCUCAUCGUAUACAUAUUCCACCACACCUACUUGUGGUUUCCGAACCUGGGCAGCGGGUACGGGUCGAAUGAGGGAAACCACUGGUUCUGGCAACUACCCAUCAUCAGGAUUAUACAUUCUGGAAGGGCAAGCGUGUCCAUCUUCUUCGUGAUCUCCGGUUUUGUCUUGUCCAUCAAGACGUUAUCUAUCAUGAAGGCGAGAGGCAAUAAGCUUGACAGUGAAAAAGCUCUUGAUUCGAUCUCGGGGUCCGUCUUUCGCAGGCCCUUCCGCCUCUACCCUUCAAUUGUUGUCCAGACAGCUAUCAUCUCGGUGCUGGCUCGCUGGCCCAACCUCCACCUACCCACCGUCGACGACAACCCACACAGCGUUCCACCGACACUGCCCACCGCGGCUGACCAAUUCUGUGGAUGGCUGUCGGUGCUGGGCGGGCAGUUCAACCCGUUCCAGUUUGUCCCCGGUCGCACGGUGCAAUAUCCGAAUCCUUUUGACGGCCACCUGUGGACCAUUCCGGUGGAGUGGAACGGGUCGAUGAUGAUAUUCCUCUACCUGACUGCCUUCGUACGCUCGAAAUCCUGGAUCAGGACAUCCGUACUGUUGCUCCUCAUAGCCUGGGCGUGCAAGUUUGGAUACGCUGACCAGGCGGUCUUCCUGGCUGGCCCGCUACUUGCCGAGGCGUCGCUCGCAUGGCCUCCGUACCACACGUGCGGCUCCUCUGACGAGGUGGUUGCAAUUGGAGAUGGGGAAAAGCCGGGCCGGAAACAAUGGCACAGCUACAGGAUGACCCACCUUCUCGGCCACUCAACCACCAUCCUCUGGUUCCUCCUCGGGUGCUUCCUCUGCUCUUGGCCGGAGCAGCUUGGCCCGUCGACCCCGGGCUACCGGAAUCUUGCUUCGAAAUACACACCCGAGGCAUACGUCGGCGACGAGCUCGCGAUGGAGGUGUUCUGGAUCUCCUGCGGCGCCAUCCUCAUAAUGCUGGGCCUAAUAUACUCGCCGCCGCUCCGGCUCAGCAGCGACGACGAGCCGCUGCUGCAGCGCCCCUUCACGACCCGCUUCGCCACCUACCUCGGCGAGAUCAGCUACUCAAUGUACCUCUGCCACGGCAGCAUCAACGAGAUCGUCGGGAUGCGGUACCUCCGCCCCGCCUGGUGGGCAUACUAUGCAGUCGCCAGGGACGCGCAGGCCCUGCAGUUCGAAAACCCGGACGACGCUGAGGCGGCGGCGAUGUUGGAUGCGGCAAAUGCAGCCUACAUCAAGAAGUUCGUCUUGGGCACGUUUGUAAACACGUUGGUACUCUUCUGGGUGAGCGAUUUGUUCAACAGGGCUGUGGAUGCGAGAUCCGUGAGGUUCACGAGGAAGGUCAGUGAGUGGGCGAGGAAGAAGUAUUAG